AUGUCAACUUUCCAGAACACCACGUCCUCUUCCAUCGUUUUCCUGCUCACCGGUGUUCCUGGGCUGGAAGCCUUCCACGUCUGGAUCUCCAUUCCCUUCUGCUUUCUCUAUAUAACCGCCCUCUCAGGAAACAGCCUGAUUCUCUUUGCCAUUGUCACUCAGCCCAGCCUCCACGAACCCAUGUAUUAUUUCCUCUCCAUGCUGUCCACCACUGACCUUGGCUUGUCCAUAUCCACCCUCGUCACUGUAUUGGGUAUAUUCUGGUUCAAUGCCAGAAAGAUCAGCUUUAAUGCCUGCUUGUUGCAGAUGUUUUUCAUUCAACUUUUCACUGUCAUGGAAUCCUCGGUGCUGUUGGCCAUGGCCUUUGAUCGUUUUGUGGCCAUUUCCAAUCCUCUCAGGUAUGCCUCUGUCUUAACUGAUCUUAAAAUAGCACAGAUUGGAGUAGCAAUCAUCACCAGAGGCACACUGACACUCACUCCUAUGGUGCUGCUUCUUAAAAGACUGUCCUACUGCCGCAGCCAUGUGCUCCACCACUCCUACUGCUUCCACCCCGACGUGAUGAAGCUCUCCUGCACAGACACCAGGAUCAACAGUGUGGUGGGGUUGACUGCCCUGAUCACCACUGCUGGGGUGGACUCAGCCUUUAUCCUCCUUUCUUAUGUUUUGAUUAUUAAGACUGUUCUCAGCAUUGCAUCCCCAGAAGAAAGGAAGAAAACUUUUGGCACAUGUAUCUCCCAUAUUGGGGCUGUUGCUGUAUUCUAUAUCCCACUGAUCAGUCUAUCCUUUGUCCACAGAUUUGGGAAAUGGGCCCCCCCUUAUGUACAUACUAUGAUUGCUAACACCUACCUGCUGAUCCCCCCUGUGAUGAACCCCAUCAUCUACAGUGUGAAGACCAAACAAAUACGCAAGGCUGUGCUGAAAAUUUUCUAUCCUAGUGCAGCAAAAAAGUAA